CUCCUGGUUGUGUUCUGCUCCUCAGAUGUCCAAAGCAGCUCCCGCCAAAAAACCGGCGGCUGCAACCGCACCUCAGGGAUGUACCCUAGAUAUCAACGACCCCCAGGUCCAGAAAGCCGCCAUUCGCAUCCAGGCCUCUUACCGGGGCCACAGGUCCCGGAAGGAGCUGCGCGAAGGGCCGCCGCGAGUGCUGGAGCCCCUGAAGGAUGUGGUGCUGAUCGAGGGCAGCGCGGCCAAGCUGAUUUGCCGUAUUUCCGCUUUCCCGGACCCAUUCAUCCGCUGGAGCAAGGACGGCAAGGAGCUGCGCGACGGGCCCAAGUAUCGCUACGUCUUCGAAGACCCUGACGUAGUCGCACUGGUGGUGCGCGAUGGCGAGCUGGCAGACCUGGGCCAGUAUAGCAUCAACAUAACCAACCCCUUCGGCCAGUGCUCCGACUCAGCGCGCAUCCUCGUGGAAGUCCCGGCGAAGAUUAAGAAGGGGCCGGAUAACACCAAGGCGCGCAAAGGCACCACGGUAACGCUGACAGCGGAGAUCCUGGGCGAACCUGCGCCGGACGUGGGCUGGGCCAAGGAAGGCGUAGACUUCGAUGAGGAUGACAGAGUGUUCUUCAAGAUCGGCAGUACCACCACCACGCUGACCAUCCGUCGGGCCACGCCAGAGGACAGCGGCAAGUACGAGGUAGUGGAGAACAGCCUGGGCAUGGACCAGAGCUUUGCUCGCGUAGACGUGGCCUGA